AAGGGGGGACGGCGGCAGAGAGCCCCUCCCACCUAUAAGAAGGCGCUGCGGAGAGGAUUGCAGCAGCCGCAGCUCCGCGCUGAGCCCCGCCGCACAGAGCCGCCGGGACAGCCCGGACCCCCAGCAGCAACAUGCGCGAGUGCAUUUCCGUCCAUGUUGGCCAGGCCGGCGUCCAGAUGGGCAACACGUGCUGGGAGCUGUACUGCCUGGAGCACGGCAUCCAGCCGGACGGGCAGAUGCCCAGCGACAAAACCAUCGGUGGAGGGGAUGACUCCUUCACCACCUUCUUCUGUGAGACCGGGGCUGGGAAGCACGUCCCACGGGCCAUCUUUGUGGACCUGGAGCCCACUGUGAUCGAUGAAGUUCGGGCUGGAAUAUACCGUCAGCUCUUCCACCCAGAGCAGCUGAUCACCGGCAAGGAGGAUGCUGCCAACAACUACGCCCGUGGGCACUACACUAUCGGCAAGGAAAUCAUCGACCAAGUGCUGGACAGGAUCCGGAAGCUGGCUGACCAGUGUACAGGCCUCCAGGGAUUCCUCGUGUUUCACAGCUUUGGAGGUGGCACCGGCUCCGGAUUCACCUCCCUGUUGAUGGAGCGACUCUCCGUUGACUAUGGGAAGAAGUCCAAGCUGGAGUUCUCCAUUUACCCAGCACCACAGGUCUCCACUGCUGUGGUAGAGCCCUACAACUCCAUCCUCACCACACAUACCACCCUGGAGCACUCAGAUUGUGCCUUUAUGGUGGACAAUGAGGCCAUCUAUGACAUCUGCCGCAGGAACCUGGACAUCGAGCGCCCGACCUACACCAACUUGAACAGACUCAUUAGCCAGAUCGUCUCAUCCAUCACAGCAUCACUGCGGUUUGAUGGGGCCCUGAAUGUUGAUCUGACCGAGUUCCAGACCAACCUGGUGCCCUACCCUCGCAUCCACUUCCCACUGGCCACCUAUGCCCCUGUCAUCUCUGCAGAAAAGGCAUACCAUGAGCAGCUCUCAGUAGCCGAGAUCACCAACUCCUGCUUUGAGCCAUCCAACCAGAUGGUGAAGUGCGACCCUCGCCAUGGCAAGUACAUGGCCUGCUGCCUGCUGUAUCGUGGUGACGUGGUGCCCAAGGACGUCAACGCCGCCAUCGCCACCAUCAAGACCAAGCGCAGCAUCCAGUUUGUGGACUGGUGCCCCACGGGCUUCAAGGUAGGCAUCAAUUACCAGCCUCCCACCGUGGUGCCAGGAGGGGACCUGGCCAAGGUACAGCGCGCCGUCUGCAUGCUGAGCAACACCACGGCCAUCGCCGAGGCCUGGGCUCGCCUGGACCACAAGUUCGACCUGAUGUACGCCAAGAGAGCCUUCGUGCACUGGUACGUGGGGGAGGGCAUGGAGGAAGGGGAGUUCUCUGAGGCCCGGGAAGACAUGGCUGCUCUGGAGAAGGAUUAUGAGGAGGUGGGCCUGGACUCCUACGAGGAUGAAGAGGAGGGUGAGGAGUAGAGAAGCCCCCACCAACAAGGACCGUGCUCCUUCCCUGUGUUACCUGCAGAAACCCUUUGCAAUAAACCAUCUCAGAGCCCUCAUGUCUCCCACUAACCCCCCAGCUGUCUCGGUUUCUUGCCAGGUCAGGUGUGUGGUGAGUGCUUCAGCUCUGCCGCUGGUGCAGCUAUGCUUCCUCCCAGUACUCUCCCAGCUACAGCUUUGCUCCCUGUGCAGGUAAGAGCCCCUGGGUCCACUCUGAGGGCCAUGGCACACAUCCCACCCCACUCACUGGUCCAGCUGGUGGUGGAUAUUGCUUCCUUAUGUGGUGUAUACCCUGUGGUACAUGGCCCCAUGUUGUACCCUGGAGCUCAGGGGAGCAGGUUUAGCCUGAGCAAGAAAAUACUGGUAGCUGCUGAGACUUCUCCCUGUUUGCAGCCUGAGGAUUUGAGGGCCUAUCUGGAAGGAUAGUGGUUGAAGCAGUGGGGGCAGCCUGACACCCCUGUCCCUGUGGCCAAAGUGCAGGACAAGCAAUGUGCUUGGCUCUGUGGUGCAGCAGGUGCACCCCACAAUAGCAUCCAGCAUGGCAUAAACCCCGUGGCUGCUUUACUGCUGUGUUGUGUUGAGAGGAUUAAAGGUGGGGAGCACUCCCUGUGAAA